AUGGCUUCCGCGGACUCCAGGCGAAUGGGGAACGAUGGUGGUGGUGCCGGGGGCGCCUUCCAGCCGUACCUGGACUCCUUGCGGCAGGAGCUGCAGCAGAGGGACCCGACGCUGGUGUCAGUCGUGGUGGCGCUUCUCGCGGUGCUGCUGACGCUGGUGAUCUGGAAGUUCAUCCGCAGCCGAAGGAGCAGUCAGAGAGCUGUUCUUCUUGUUGGCCUUUGUGACUCCGGGAAGACGUUGCUCUUUGUCAGAUUGUUAACAGGCCUUUACAGAGACACUCAGACUUCCAUCACUGACAGCUCUGCUCUGUACCGAGUCAACAAUUCCAGGGGCAGUAACCUGACCUUGAUUGACCUCCCUGGCCACGAAAGCUUGAGACUUCAGUUUUUAGAGCGGUUUAAGGCUUCAGCCCGGGCUGUUGUGUUCGUUGUGGAUAGUGCAGCCUUCCAGCGAGAGGUGAAGGAUGUGGCUGAGUUUCUGUAUCAAGUCCUCAUUGACAGCAUGAGUCUGAAGAACGCACCAUCAUUCUUAAUCGUCUGCAAUAAACAAGACAUUACAAUGGCGAAAUCAGCAAAGUUAAUUCAGCAACAACUUGAGAAAGAACUCAACACUUUACGAGUCACCCGCUCUGCUGCCCCCAGCACACUGGACAGUUCCAGCACAGCCCCCGCUCAGCUGGGAAAGAAAGGCAAAGAAUUUGAAUUCUCGCAGUUGCCCCUCAAAGUGGAGUUCGUGGAGUGUAGUGCCAAGGGUGGAAGAGGAGACGCCAGCUCUGCUGACAUCCAGGACUUGGAGAAGUGGCUGGCUAAAAUCGCCUGA